CCUUCGCUCUGCCUCUGAUGACCGCCAUAUCAUCACCAACUUACACUUUCAAAUGACUGACAGACUACGACAGAUUUACAGAGCUGUUUUGAUUCAGAUUUCUCGCGAUCUGGACAAAGAACAGUGUAAAGAACUUCAAUUUCUUUGUACUGGGCUAGUUCCAAGACGAGUUAAAGGAGUUCUGCCCCUUUUCCGUUCCUUAGAGGAAGCUGCGAAGAUGUCUUGGGUCGACGUUACCUUCCUGAAGGAAUGUUUGCAUGAUGUUGGAAGAGAAGAUUUAGUUGGCAAACUGACUGCGUUCGAAAUAAAAAGAGACCUUUCCAUUCUUCUCAAUUUCUAUGUAAAGAAGAGAAAUGGAUUGGAUUCCUUUUACCAAUCAUCGGCGACGAACGCGGCCGAGUAUCUCGUUCAACUGAUGGAGGGCUUUCAAGGAAGAGUCGAUGUUAGAGGAAUGCUCAAAAGCUCGGGCAAGAAUCCUAAAGAUCUCUGGCUACACUUUGUUAAGGAAUGCAGUCCUCUGCAAAGAAUAACGUGGGGUAAACUUUCCAUGCUGGUUGCAAUUGCCGGGGAAGUAAUCGCCGUAUCUUCAUCCUUCUCCGGAGAAAGACCAGAAGAAGCCAUGGAGAUGUGUAUAUCAUUAGCAGAUGAGCUUUGCCAUCCCAUGCUUCAGCUUGGAACGUGGGACGAUUUCUGUAAGUAUGUGAGGGAACGCCACAAUCUGGUGUUUCGAGGACACGACAUUGGGAGCAGCCGGCCGAACUUUUCUUUGAAAAGACAAAUAGCCGACGCGAUCAAAGAGUUAGAGAAGGCCAUCUUUUUCCAGUAGAUUUAAUUUUAAAAGAAAGCAGCCACUAGGUUGCCAUUACGUUUUCGUUA